AUGACUCUUCCAGCAACUCAACGGAAGCCGAUCGAAAAGACCAGCAGCAUAUAUACGCUGACUCCAAUGAUGGAUAAGAAUGGUGUCCUGAGAGUUGAUGGUCGAACUGGAGCGGCUCGACGAGCACCAUCUACUGUUAAGUAUCCUAUCAUUCUUUCCUACCACAACCGGUUAACAGCUUUGAUCGUAGAUGAACAACACAAAAAAUUACACCACGGUAACAACGAGACGGUAGUGAACGAACUACGUCAACGUUACUACAUUCCGAAGCUUCGGACCUUAGUUAAGAAGAGAAGUACGAGUUGUCAACUUUGUCGAAUACGCAAAGCGAAACCAAAAGUUCCGCUGAUGUCGCCCCUGCCAGAAGCUAGAUUGUCUUCAUUCGCCCGACCCUUUAGCUACGUUGGGCUUGAUUAUUUCGGCCCCAUCACUGUCAAGCUUGGACGCAGCCAUGUAAAACGCUGGAUUGCGUUAUUUACGUGCUUAACUAUUCGUGCUGUACACGUCGAAGUAGCAAGCAACUUAAGCACGGAAUCGUGUAUUUUGGCUGUUCGCAGAUUCGUUUGUCGCAGAGGGUUCCCGGUCGUAAUUUACAGCGACAACGGAACUAAUUUUAAAGGCGCAGAAAGAUUACUGCGAGAACAAAUUGAACAGGGCCUGGAAGCAACGUUCACCAGUACGACAACAAAUUGGAAAUUCAAUCCUCCCUCAGCCCCCCAUAUGGGGGGAUCCUGGGAACGAUUGGUUCGUUCCGUCAAAACAGCACUUGGCGCUACGUAUGAUAAUGACAAUAUUUCUGAUGAAGACCUUUUAACCAUAGUCAUCGAGGCAGAAUCCAUAGUAAACAGCCGUCCGCUGACGUAUUUACCCAUAGAUUCGGCAGAACAAGAAUCCCUUACGCCAAAUCACUUUUUGCUCGGUAGCUCAUCAGGAAUACGCCAGCCGAUAGCAGCUGCAGCGAAUGAAUGUUCUCUAUUGAAACGAUCGUGGGGUCGAAUCCAAAAGCUUUUGGACCGAUUUUGGAAACGGUGGGUCCUAGAAUACUUACCAACUCUAACUAAACGGACGAAGUGGUUUGAGGAAAGUAGAGCCAUACAACCGGGCGAACUAGUUCUUAUCAUCGACGAUACGACACGUAAUAAAUGGACGCGAGGACGCAUUCUGAAAGUGAUCACCGCUGCAGAUGGAAGAGCAAGGCAAGCGGAGAUUAUGACUACCAAAGGUAUUUUGCGUCGGCCUAUGGCAGAGUUGGCUAUUUUGGAUGUGUCUGAUGAAACCGGGAAUGCUCACCAGUUCCAUCGGGGGGAGAAUGUUACCAAGGAAGCAAAGGAACUGGCAACUUUGCUCGCCGUUAAUAAACGGCUAAUGCCGUGA